AUGGAGUUCUUUGCGACGGGCGCCUUCCAGCAGCUCUACAGCGAGCUGGAUGAGCAGGCAAUGCUUGGAGCCGACUGUUUCGAUCAGGAACUCUUCCAGCAGCAGCAGCAGCAGCAGCAGCAGCCACAGUUGGACUAUUGCUAUGCGGAUGUUAAUUUUGGUAAUGGCUAUGAGCCCGGAGGCAUGGAUUACUAUGGCAUCAUUACCCUGGACAGCAACAACAACAACAACAAUAACAGCAACAUUUGCUGUAGCAACAGCAACAGCAGCGAGGAUCAGGAGCUGCUGUUCGACUUUGGCGACGCAGAGCCACACGAAUUGGCGUCCUUUGCCAUUGGCUCGACGUCGACGCCGCCGGAGCUGAGCGAUUGGGAGCAGCGGCUGCUGGAUCAUUUUGUGGAAAUACCUGAGCUCAUUGACAUACUGCCCGAACGAACACCGCUCUGCACGGACAUGUGCGAUGACUUCCUGCAGGAGAGCAAUAACAAUCUGCGCCUCGCUGCACCGAGCUCUCCAGCUGCGGCGACGACAACGACGGCGGCUGCAACGCCACUGCAGCUCAGCCACAACGCUGCCGGCGAGAAGGGCUACCUGUGCACCUUUGGCAGCUGCGAGAAGCUCUAUGCCAAGCCCGCCCACCUCAAGGCCCAUUUGCGCCGGCAUCUGGGCGAGAAGCCGUACGCCUGCAACUGGCCCGACUGCAGUUGGCGCUUCUCGCGCUCCGACGAGCUCGCUCGCCAUCGGCGCUCCCACUCGGGCGUGAAGCCCUACAAAUGCGACUACUGCGCCAAAUGUUUCGCCCGCUCCGAUCACUUGACUAAGCACCGCAAGGUGCACGAACGCCGCCUGCUGGCCGCCACGCGCUCCGGCAAGCUGCUGCCCAACGGUCCCCUGCCCCAAAGUGUCUACGCCGUGCGACCCGGUCGCAAGCGCAAGAACCAGCUCUGA